AUGGAAGGAGGCAAAAAGGACCAGACCAUGAAGGAGAAAAUGAACAGAGCUUACCUUGACUCCAAGAUCAACAGGAUUAUAGAACCCAUGGUUGUAGAAUUAAUGAAAGAAACCCCAGAUGACCCUAUUACUUAUAUGAUAAAGUGGCUCAAGGAAAAUCAUGGUAAUCGAGCAUCCAUUCAUGCAAAUGAGAGAUUUGAAUUAGAGCAUUUGAGAAAAGAAGUUCCUAUCCUUAAGGAAAAAUUAUCCGAACUCGACAAUGGAGAAGGAGACUAUGAUGAUAAAGGUUCUGAAAUUGAAUCUGAGAUCAGUGACGAAGACGAUUAUGUAGAUGACCUCCCUGCUGUUGUGGAUAGUAAAAUUAAAAAGCAAAGAACUUCCGUAUCUGCUGAAGCAUUUGGAAUUUACCACAAAAAGGAAGACUUCGAACCUGUUGUCAUUGAGAAAACAGAUGAAGUAAAGGAGAAAAUCAGAGAGCAAUUACAGAAUAGCUUCAUGUUCAGUGCAUUGAGCGAGAAAGAUCAAAAUAUUGUACUUGAUGCUAUGAAGGAAGUAAAUAUGGAGCAAGGCGACAAUGUCAUCCGCGAAGGUGAAGACGGAGACGUUCUCUAUGUUGUAGGAUCAGGAACUUACGAUUGUACUAAGCACUUUGCUGGGGAAUCAGAACCAAGACACCUUACAAUGUACGAAGAGGGGCAUGUGUUCGGUGAGUUAGCCUUACUCUAUAAUGCACCAAGAGCAGCCACUAUUACAUGCAAGACUCCAGGAGUGCUGUACAGCUUGGAUCGAGCUACUUUCAAUCAUAUAGUCAAAGAUGCCUCAGUCAAAAGAAGAGAAAAAUACGAAAACUUUUUGUCGCAAGUAAAAAUUUUAGAAUCUUUGGAGCCAUACGAAAGGGCAAAACUAGCGGAUGCUUUCAAAGAAAUCAAUUAUUCGAGUGGAGAGUAUGUAAUUAAAGAAGAUGAGGAAGGAAAUACUUUCUACUUCAUUUCAGAAGGAGAAGCUAUUGCCACUAAGACACUAGAAGCAGGUAAACCUCCAGUUGAGGUAAUGAAAUACCACAAAGGAGAUUACUUUGGGGAAAGAGCUCUCAUUAAAAAUGAACCAAGAGCAGCAAAUGUUAUUGCUAAGUCAGACAUAAUAGUCCUCAGUCUUGAUAGACACAUGUUCAAGAGGCUCUUAGGUCCAAUUGAGGAAAUAUUAAAGAGAAAUGUUUAUGAAGUACCCAAAACAUCAUAA